GUGAUUCGAUAUAAAGAUUGAAUGGGAAUUGAUCUACCUACCUUAUUCAUUCUGCCAAUUCCUGCUAUGAUCAGUGUUGGUGGGAGGAACUGAGAGAAGAGUAUUGGGACGUAGCCUGUGUGUGCUUGUGCACAUGUGCAAUCAUGCCAACCCCACGACAAACAUCACCCUGGUACCAUCUUUUGGUUUGUGUGUGAGCGACCGGGAGCCCAGGCGUCAUACUCAUCCAUGAUUAUUCUGUCGCAUGGCCAGAAAGCCCUCACAUGUGAUAGAGUCAUGUGACCUAAAGAUCAGACAGCCAGUGGCUGCGAUGAGAAACCUCUCCAAACACCAACAUCAUCUCCCGUCCAAAUGCAUGAGUCCUCUCCUCUCUCCGUCUGUUGGGCCCUAAGGCACUCAGUCACUGCAUCACAUGUACUGCUAGUUUUGUAGUCCUUUGCAACUUGAAAGACCUUUGACAUUUGGAAAUGAAUGUUGACCCUGUCUCCAGCGCAGCAGCAGAUGUUUUUGCAGCAGGCCCAGGCCCAGCUCUUGGCAGCAGCCAUGCAGCAGCAAUCAGCCAGCCAGCAGAGCAGCACCACGGGGGCCAGCAUCUCUGCCUCCGCAGCCACCCCCAUCACACAGCUGCCCCUGUCCCAGCCCGUCCAGAUCACCUCUAUUCCCUCUGUCUCUACUCAUCUCCCAGGCCAGCUAAGCCAGCUGGGAUACCCGUAUGAGAUGGCGACCUUCAGCAGUUACCUACCUCAGUUACAGCAGCUGCAGCAGCAGAACCUAACCAUGCCCCAGUUUGUCCUGGUUCAACCUGGCCACCACAUCGCCACCCAGCUGCAGCCUGGUCAGUUCAUCAUCUCACAGACGCCGCAGGGCCAGCAGAGUAUGUACACAACGCAGAGUUUCCUGCAAGCCCAUAAUCUUUUAACUCAACUACCUCAAAGCCAAGCCAACCUCCUGCAGACUCAGCCAAGCAUCAACCUUGCCUCACAGCCAGCGACUCCAUCCCACACGAUAGCAGCCACGCCCAUCCAGCCCCUGUCCCACAGUCAGACCCCGCCCAAACGCCUGGACACACCCAGUCUGGAGGAGCCCAGCGACCUGGAGGAGCUGGAACAGUUCGCUAAGACCUUCAAACAGAGACGCAUCAAACUGGGCUUCACACAGGGGGAUGUUGGCCUGGCCAUGGGCAAGCUGUAUGGUAACGACUUCAGCCAGACCACCAUUUCCCGCUUCGAGGCCUUGAACCUCAGCUUUAAGAACAUGUGCAAGCUGAAGCCACUUCUGGAGAAGUGGCUCAACGAUGCAGUUUGCGCAGAGAAUCUGUCGUCUGACCUGGCCCUGUCCAGCCCUUGCGGCCUGGGGUCCCCCGGUCUGGGCAUGGAGGGGCUCAACCGCCGACGCAAGAAGAGGACCAGCAUCGAGACCAACAUCCGCGUGGCCUUAGAAAAGAGCUUUCUGGAGCAGAACCAAAAACCUACCUCUGAGGAGAUCACCAUAAUUGCUGACCAGCUCAACAUGGAGAAGGAGGUGAUCCGGGUGUGGUUCUGUAACCGUCGGCAAAAAGAGAAGCGGAUCAACCCCCCCAGCAGCGGACACAGCAUCACAGGGACAGGCAGCACCCCCAUCAAAACCAUCUUCACCCCCAAUAGCCCCUUGGUGGCCAGUACGGCGAGCCUUGUGACCAGUAACACACCAACCACACUCACUUUAAACCCAGUGAUGCCUCUCACCAGCACCAGCGUCUCCGGCCUGACCUUGACAGGCACGACGAUCGGAGCGACCACAAACACGGCAUCGGUCAUCUCUACGGCACCCAUGGUUACCGCGGUGACCAGCUCCACCUCGCUAAGCCCCUCCCCCACGGCCCUCCAGGCCACGGCAGCGGAGACGGAUGGAACCCAGGAGCACACGGUGGUCAUGCAGGCACCAUCGUCACUAGCAACCAAUCUGGGGACAGGUCAGGUGAUGGUGGCUGGACCGGGGUUGUCAGCGGCCCUGCAAGGAGCUGCCCAGUUACCCACCAGUUCUAGUUACGCCUCCAUGGCUGGCCUUAACCCAGGACUGAUGGCAUCCUCACAGUUCACUCCUGGGGGGGCCUUGCUGAGCUUAGCUCCGGGUGGGCUUGGAGGGGCUAUAAACCCCGCCAUGUUGAGCAACAGCACCCUGGCCACCAUCCAAGGUCUAUGGAGCGCUCUGGCAUCGGGUGGCACUCUCCCCAUCACCUCGCUGGACGGGAGUGGUAACCUGCUGUUCGCUAACACCUCGGCCGGCAGCACCCCCAACCUGGUGCAGCCCCUCUUCCUGAACCCCCAGAACCUGUCCCUGCUCACCAGCAACCCCGUCAGCCUGGUGUCGGCCGGAGCCGCCGGGGGAGGGGCCCUGCAGGUCACAGCCAACCACCAGGUCACCACGGCGACCGUCCCAGUGCCCGCCUCCACCAUCACCACUGCCUCCAAGGCCCAGUGAAGCUGAAGGCUCAAAUUGCCUUGAAUGACACCCUAUGCUCUAUUUAGUGCACUACUUUUGGUUAAAUGUUGCGUACGAUAUGGAUGGCUUUGGCCAUAGUAAGACACUACAUGGGGAAUAGGGCUGUUGUUUAAGAUUUGCCCAUAGGCUAUUUGCUCAAUCCACUUCUUCAUCCUCUUCCUCCUUGUCCUUCUGCCUGUCAUCUAUCAUUAUUUAAUCCUUUUGCUGCCACCAAAAAGAAACCCUCUGUGAAGAGGGUUGGAAUUUAUAUUUUACGUUUUUAUUUCAUUAUUCAUUCUCUCUUUUCCCUUGUACUCCAAAAACGAUGUGCGACUCCCUGGAUGUUUUUGUCGGUGUACGCAGCGGGUCACACAGGAGGACUGGGGCUGCCAUUUUCUGAGGCAGGAUCAUCUUGAACUCUAUGGUCUGUGCUCCUUGUGACCCCUGAGGGACCACCGAGCUUUCCCUCUUUCCUCUCUGUCACCUUUUUCAAAAGUAUAUAUCUUCCUCUUCCCUGUUCAGAACAUCUUCUGAAAUACUUCUAACCAAAAAUUUGAUUUAACUUUUUUGACGUUUUUUCUUCUAACAAAAAUGAUUUACUACUAAAGUUCACAAUCUACAUCAUCACUAAAAGGGGGGUUUGCGUGUUUCCCCGUCUAUAGUUUGAAUUUAUUUUGUGUCGGUCUCUGUUGGACAGGCCUCAGCACAAAUCAUAUCAAAGUUAUAUUUUAGAGGCGCUUAGUUUGUUUUCUCUUAUUUUAGUGUGUGUGAGUGGACAUUUUCAGAACUUUGUACGUCUAACAUUAAUUUAAGCUUUAACUCUGAUAUACAGUACCAGUCAAAAGUUUGGACACACCUUCUCAUUCAACAGUUUUUCUUUAUUAUUACUAUUUUCUACAUUGUAGUAAAAUAGUAAAGACAUCAAUACUAUGAAAUUACACAUGGAAACAUGUAGUAACCAAAAACGUGUUAAACAAAUCAAAAUACAUUUUAUAUUUUAGGUUCUUCAAAGUAGCCACCCUUUGCCAGACUGCAUCACAUCCGGCCGUGAUUGAGAGUCCCAUAGGGCCACGCACAAUUGGCCCAGCGUCGUCCGGGUUUGGCCGGGGUAGGCCGUCAUUGUAAAUAAGAAUUUGUUCUUAACUGACUUGCCUAGUUAAAUAAAGGUUAAAUACUUUAAAAAAAAAUCCUUGAUGACAGCUUUGCACACUCUUGGCAUUCUCUCAACCAGCUUCACCUGGAAUGCUUUUCCAACCGUCUUGAUGCUGAGUACUUGUUGGCUGCUUUUCCUUCACUCUGCGGUCUUACUCAUCCCAAACCAUCUCAAUUGGGUUAAGGUCGGGUGACUGUGGGGGCCUGGUCAUCUGAUGCAGCACUCCAUCACUCUCCUUCUUGGUCAAAUAGCCCUAACACAGCUUGGACGUGUGUUUGGGGUCAUUGUCCUGUUGAAAAACAAAUGAUAGUCCCACUAAGCGCAAACCAGAUGGGAUGGUAUUAUUGCUGCAGAAUGCUGUGAUAGCCAUGCUUGUUAAGUGUGCUUUGAAUUCUAAAUAAAUCACUGACUGUGUCACCAGCAAAGCACCCCCACGACAUCACACCUCCUCCAUGCUUCACGGUGGUAACCACCAAUGCGGAGAUCAUCCGUUCACCUACUCUGCGUCUCGCAAAGACACGGUGGUUGGAAACCAAAAUCUCAAAUUUGGACUCAUCUGACCAAAUGACAGAUUUCCACUGUUCUAAUGUCCAUUGCUCGUGUUUCUUGGCCCAAGCAAGUCUCUUCUUUGUAUUGGUGUCCUUUAGUAGUGGUUUCUAAUGCAGCAAUUUGAUUAUGAAGGCCUGAUUCACACAGUCUCCUCUGAACAGUUGAUAUUGAGAUGUGUCUGUUACUUGAACUCUGUGAAGCAUUUAUUUGGGCUGCAAUCUGAGGUGCAGUUAAUUGCUGAUUUCUGGGGCUGGUAACUGUAAUGAACUUUUCCUCUGCAGUAGAGGUAACUCUGGGUCUUCCUUUGCUGUGGCGGUCCUCAUGAGAGCCAGUUUCAUCAAAGUGCUGUAUGGUUUUUGCGACUGCACUUGAUAAACUUUCAAAGUUCUUGAAAUGUUCCGCAUUGACUUACCUUCAUGUCUUAAAGUAAUGAUGGGCUGUCGUUUCUCUUUGCUUAUUUGAGCUGUUCUUGCCAUAAUAUGGACUUGGUCUUUUACCAAAUAGGUCUUUCCUCUGUAUACCACCCCUACCUUGUCACAAAACAACUGAUAAGAGUAAGAAAUUCCACAAAUUAACUUUUAACAAGGAACACCUGUUAAUUGAAAUGCAUUCCAGGUGACUACCUCAUGAUGCUGGUUGAGAGAAUGCCAAGAGUGGCAAAGCUGUCAUCAAGGCAAAGGGUGGCUACUUUGAAGAAUCUCAAAUAUAAAAUAUAUUUUGAUUUGUUUAACACUUUUUUUGGUUACUACAUGAUUCCCCAUAUGUUAUUUCAUAGUUUUGAUGUCUUCACUAUUAUUCUACAACAUAGAAAAUAGUAGAAAAUGAAGACAAACCCUGGAAUGAGGAGGUGUGUCCACAAAGUUUUGACUGGUACUGUCUAUCAAUUUCUAAUUGUGGUUAUAAGGCUUUAAAACCGAAUAAUAAUAAAUGGCCGAUAUAACGGUUAUUGUUGCUUUAAGGAGCGGGGUUGACCAUGUGUUCUCUCUCCGGUCUUCUGUCUGGUAACACUGAGUUUGUUUAUAUAAAAAAAUAUAUUUUGCCUGCCACUAUUUUGUAAAUCGUAGUCUAGGUGUGGACCGUAGACACUGAUAUGAAAUGACUGAAAUGAUAACGCUUAGAGCUUUAACUAUUUUGGGGGCAGGGGGUUAGCUGUAUGAUCCAUGAAGUUCUAUGCCUGAGUGUUCUCUGACUGCUAUGUCGGUUGGUGUCUAUGGUUUUCAUGCCAACUGGAUGGUGUUGGUGUGAGGUAGAUGGGGUCGUUGUCUGUUUUUGCUCUGAUAGAUUUUUUAAUGCCGCUUUAUCUACUUGUGCACAGUAUCUGUACCAAAAAAAACUGGAUUUAUGAACUGUAGUCUGCCUGUUUUAGAGAAGUUAAACAUUCUGUCCCAACAUUCUGUCCUUUAUUUCUGCAGUCUUUUGACUGGCUUACUUCAAGUUGUACCAAAAAUAUUUGUUGCUGUGUAUUGUCAGUGUAGCUUAGCCUAGUCCAAUAUUUGAGUACAAGCUCUCCCUCUAGACAACAGGAGAUAAAAAUGCAAUAUUUUGAUGAUCACUUUCCAAAGACAGACUUAUUUUUUAAUUUGACUAAGGCUCUCCCUGCUCAGCUUUAAAGUGGCAGCGCAAAUAUCCAAAUAGAAAGGGAUGGGAAGAAGGGAGAUCAGGGGUAUUGUCCCCCUGUAUAAAGUUAAUAUAUUUGAGUGGUGUUUAGGUUUGAAUGGUAGUGGUUAUAUGAUAUCAGUGGGUGCUUGCCCUCAAUAAUCUUUCCUGUUUCUCUACGUUUCCCCCUAUGAUGAUAUGGCGGACUGUGUUGUGAUCCUUUCUAGACUGGCGUAUCUGCUUUGGCAGCAGUUUGGGCUGUAGUCAGGCAUUCAGUAGUCGGGUAGGGGCUGUCCAUUUAGGUUUUCUACCAAUCUUUAGCCAUGAAAUAAAAAGCUUGAACCAAAGUUGUUUUCUCACUAGCUGCUGUGCCUGUGUGCUCGCGCAAGUUGCUGUUCACACGAUCACUAUCCUACACAUUACUACUGACAAGUUUUCUUCUCUUAUACCCACCUAUUUGAAUCCUUUUGGCAUCCCCCACCUCUAACCCACUUCUAAGGAACAAGGACCUGCAUGUUUUCUUCUACUAGCUUUCUAACCACAUCCUGUUAGCAGCUCUCAGGUCACGUGGUUGAAGCCCUCUCUCCUUCCUCUCAUCGCCCAACUAACUUUACUAUGGGGGCUCAUCCCCUGUCAGCACCAGUAAAGAUGUUAGCCCUGUGCCGCCCUUAUCGAGCUGCCCCUUUCGUAAACAACAACCACACACAACAAUAGUGUUCUUCUAUCGGCCCUAACGUAACCAGAUUAAUGACUGCCUAGUUUGAAAAAGCAGAGACAUCUCUCUACGCUAAUACAUUUUUAUGUGCUCCUUUUCUAAUCGUGAAUUACUUUGACGGAAUACCUCAGCAUCACUUAAACAUUAGGUUCACUUUAAGAAAUCUCACACCCGUAGAAUAUUGUAGAAUGUACAAGUCAGUGGAGGCUGGUGGGGUGAGCUAUAGGAGGAUGGGUUCAUUGUAAUGUCUGGAAUGGAAUCAAUGGAACAGUAUCAAACAUAUAAAUAAUAUGGAAACGGCGUGUUUGACUCCGGUCCAUCGAAGCCAUUCCAGCCAUUACAAUGAGGCCGUCCUCCUAUAGCUCCUCCCACCAGCCUCCACUGGUACAAGUACUGAAUGGCUUUGCCAUUUAAAAAUAAACAAAAGAGUAAUCAUUAACUAAAACUAGGACAAACUACUACUGCUAUUUUUUAGUACUACUACUUAUGGGGUAUUUCCAGGUUUGAACAGGUUUGACAUUAUUUUGUGAUCCUUGCCAAAGCAAAGCGAAAGCCUUUCUCUCUGCGGCUUGGUUGAUGUCUCAAUGCUGCUCACUUCACUGGUUUUCUGUCCUUGAGGUCAUGGCAGGCCGAAUGGGACUUGUAGUCCUAUUUGUAGUGCUGUUUGUAGUCGUGAACCAUUGGCCAUCAGCAACAUGGGAAGUUACUGAAAUAUUUAUCUGAGGGACGACUAAAGGAUUAGAGAUAAAUAUAUAUAUAUACAACUUAUGUAAGAUAUUCAUAUUUUAUAUUUGAACUAGUAUGUUAUCAAGACUGAAUGUAAUGUUUUGUCAUGCUUAUACAAAAAAAACUUACAAAAAAAACAUUUUUAUUAAUGUCGAGACCAAAAACCUUGACCGCACCCCCUUGGUGCGUGAUUUGCGGACACCUGUGCCCAUUACAUGUGUGGGUGUGGUCUCUUGAGUGAGAGAGGCUGUGGUGCUUCAAUCGGACAGUCCCUGCUUGUGCAGUUGCUAGGGGAACAAACAGACUGAUGCGCCUGAUCUUAAUCUUUCAUUUUUUUGUCUGGUUGUUUGGUUUACUAUGGAUUUGAUUUGAUGUGCUGUUUUUAACAAUCAUUUGAAUGUUUUUUUUUUAAUUACUUAUGCCUUUAAUUGUUUUGUAUAGCAUGAGAGGGCAAGAUCACUGUCUUUUUAGGUUUGACAAAAGAUUAACAUUGACAUUUAUGCCUUAUUGUUAUUUAGAAGACAAGCAUUGUAGCAUAUUGUUGUUUGUGCGACAGUGUAUGACAGUGUAUGUAUCUAGUGAGAGAGGCUACCUCCUCGCUAGCUUUUGUGUUUAGCUAGCUCACUCAGUGCAUAGGUCUUUGCUGAAAAUCUACAGUGUAUUUUAGGCAUAAAUUUGGGAGAGUGCUGUUCUGUCGCGGUUAUGUUGCUACCUAUGAUUUUAGGGGUGAUACAGGUCGGAAUACCUAUAGAAAAGCUUUACUAAUAACAACUCCAGCAGAGGUGUGUGUGCGUGUGUGUGUGUGCGCGCGUGUGCGUGCGUGCGUGCGUGUGUGUGUGUGUGUGUGAGUGUGUGAUUGAGAGAAGGGAGUGCUGACUGCAGACCAUGAUGGUGCGUUUGUUUUCAGUUUACAGAGAGAGAUGAGAUUAUGAUAAUAUCAUUCAAUGGAAGAAGGGGAUGAUAAUAUUGAAUAGGUGUUUCCUCUGAGUAUAAGACUUGUGAAGUUGUGGAUCUCUCUGGUUCAUCUGAUGCUCUAGAAGUGGAUCUGUGUUGAUGCAUGUGGUCUACCCCCCUGUGUGGUGGGUGUAAAGGGAAAGUACAGAACGGCACCAGUAAGUCUGGGGUAACUAGCUGGGUUAAGGGAGCUGUUGUAUACCUCAUUUUUAACUCGAGACUAAGUGAAACCUGCUUUAAUCUACUUUAGAAAAAAAAAAAAAAAUGCAAAGCUGAAUAUUAUAAUAAACAUAAACAUCAAGGUCCUGUCAGAGAAGCCUACAGAUGUCCGUUUUUAGCGUCCAGUGUCAAUUGCAGCCACCGGGGGGAGACACGCACCAGUACCAGAAUGUCUGCUUAUUUUUUUAUAAUAUUUUUUUUACAAGAGCAUAACCAUCAGUCUCCCUAAACACACUGGCCUCUCAGACCUCAACCUCCAAUUGUCUCAUAAGGCUGAAAGUAUUAUCCACAUUUUUCUUUGGUUUUCCAUUUGAAAUAUUUACCACUAGUAUGUACUUGAUUUACCCCUCCAUUCUGUUUUCUAUGAUUUGACAAUCCUGCCCUAUUUUAUUCUAAUUUAGAUUCUGAAUGUAGAUGUUGGUGUGUGUGUGUCUGUUCACCUGGUGGCACUCUGUCUCGCUGUGCUCUCUUUCUUUCCUGUGGGAACGUUAACCAAAGACUUCUAAAGUGAUUGUAUAUGGACUACACCAUCUCUCAACCCUCUCUGCCUCACUAUCCCAUGAGACACACAUUCAGCACAUUCAAACACACAGCUGUGCACACCUGUAAAGUCAAUACACCUAUAUGGCAGAGCUGUGUGUGCACCGUGGACACAACUGGUACCUGUAGCAGUGCCUGUGGAUGGGGAUAGGUUGAGUGUGGAGGGGCAAAGUGGGCUUCUCUGAUGGACAGGUCAAUUAACCAAUCCCGUGGUGGCUGGGUGAUGUUUGUUAAUACACACUGAGGGUUGAUCCUGUGCACACUGUUUAUGCUCAGGACUCACUGUCUGUCUGUCUGUCUGUCUGUCUGUCUGAAGAACUGUUGCUAGGACACACAUGUUCAAAGACUGUCACGAAAAUACACUGUUUCUGCCUCUUGGGUACAGUGUGUCUGUUUGGCUCCAAGUCAGUGCAUUGUAGUUGCCAGGACACAUUGUCUCUAGGAUACACUUUCUCUGGUUCUAGGGUACUGUUUCUGUCUCUGUCUCAUCACCAUUUUCUUUCUUACAUUCCCUCCCUCAUUUCUUAUUGUUUCUUGAUUCUCUCUGAUCAGCUUUGACACUAUGCAUCAUGGUCCUUCACUCUGCAUGGCCUGUGUCCGAUUGGCUAAACUGUUUGGCCAAUGGGGUCCCAGGGAAGCUUUUUUUGAUGCUUUAUUCCAAGUGGGGAGUUGUAGGAUCUCACAAGCAUUAUCCCAAUGCAAAAAUAUCCAAAUAUUUAAUGUUUUACAAACGCAGAUACCAAAGAUAACUCUCUGUCCUGUCACUCGCUCUCUCUCCCUUCCUCUCACCCUGCAGCUUGUGUAUUAAGAGACAACCCCAGCACUGGCUUUAGUUCUAGCCUCAGUAAUUCCAAAGCAUAGAUGUAUAUUUUGGUAUAUUUCUGAGAAACCUAAAUGAAAAACUUCUCGUUUGUUUGGUGUAUCGCUCUUUUUCUGUCACAGCAUGGAAUUAAUUGCAGAACUGUCUUACACUUGGUAGGUUAAAGAUAUAGUAUUUUUGUAUGUUUUGGGUGUGUCAAAUUAUGUGUGUGAUCAUAUCAGUCAACACGGCCCAAGUGACCAUGGUUUUAAAAAAAAUAUAUAAAAAACAAAAUAAGGUAAACCUGUACAUAUUACUUCUGUUUGUGGAUUUUUGAGAAAUGCAUUCUGUAAAAUAAGUUUGGGCUAAACUAAAGGAAUGUGUCCACUGUAUCGUCCCAGACUGUAGUCUUUCCUCUGAAUAGUCUCCGUCUUGUCACUCUAGAACUCUGGGAGCCACGCUGUCGUUGUGACGCGCGGUUCCACCGUUCCAGUUUGGACUAGAACACUGCUCACUAUGGACACAUGCCUCAGAUCCGACGAGGAAACGCUCCCCUCCAGACAUGGCGGGUGGUGGCAUAUAGAACUGAAAGAUUGUGGAGAACAUUUUAAAGUAUGUGAAUCAGGACACAUGGUAGAUUUGAUGCAUUUGUCUGCUGUAUUUUAUUUGUUUAUAUAUAUAUAUAUAUAUAUAUAAACAAUAUUUUACUGUAACUGUACAGUUCUCUUUAGUUGUAAACAUCAUUAAACCAUUUUCCAAGUGUUUUAACAUUGGAA